AUGAAUCGGAAGCUUUUCGGCGACAUUGUGAACAAGCUACCCAACACCACACAGUCAAGGCAGCCACCAGCUGCACCUGCUGGAGGACAGCCACCAGCUGCACCUGCAGGAGGACAGCCACCAGCUGCACCUGCAGGAGGGCAGCCACCAGCUGCACCUGCUGGAGGACAGCCACCAGCUGCACCUGCAGGAGGACAGCCACCAGCUGCACCUGCUGGAGGACAGCCACCAGCUGCAGGGGGACAGCCACCAGCUGCAGGGGGACAGCAAACUGGACAGGCAACUCCUGAAUCAAAUCACCGCAGCAUUCAAGAGCCACCCCAAAACCACUCUGAGACAGGAGUAGGACUUGAAGUUGAAGGAGAACCAGGCAAAGAGCCCACGAGAAGUGGACCUUCUUCGUUUGACAUUACUUGUGAAUCUGUGCAACCAAGCAGAGGACUGCGCUCUCUCUGCGAACUGACAUUUGUCGGAGCGUGGAGAGAGCGCCAUGAGAGCGCCGAGGUCGCCAUGUUUUUAGUAAAUUAA